AUGGCCCCCCCACCAAGAACAGAGGAGGAAGCCUUCUUGGACCAGCUGGCUACCUUCCAUGAGGCACGAGGUACUGCUUUUGAUCGCGAGCCAAAAGUAUCAGGCAGACCCGUCAAGCUCCUCGAACUGUACAAGACCGUGCUUCGGGAAGGCGGCUACGAUGUACUGUCAGCAGAACGGAUGCGAUGGCGGCAGCUGGCGAAAGAAUUUGGCCUAGGGCACCACCAUGAAGCGGCAAUGACCUUCCAGCUGAAGACGAUAUACUACAAAUACUUGACGGCGUAUGAGAUCAAAUAUCAUUGGGGGGAAGAACCUCCACCACCUGAGAUCCUCGAGAAUCUCACAGCGAAAGGGGGCGACGUACGGAAGCGAACCUUGGACAACUUUAACGUCCCUGGCUCUAGAGAAACGGGAUUGCUUGUCGAUGGAGUUGAAUCUGCAGAAGAUGAGCAGAAAACCCCAAGAACAAAAAGCACAAUAGAAGCAGAAGAGGCAGGCAGCGGAGGCAGAUACCCAACAAGGCAGCUGAGGCAAGACCCCAAGCGCACGCAGCUCUUUCAACCAGACCUAGGGUCUACAAGAAGGAUGUUUUCUAGAGCGACGAACUCGCCGCAAGCGUCACCCACCCCUCAGCAGCAUCAACAAAGCUCCUCUAUAGAUCCUCGAAAUACAAAUUUCACUCUCGACAAGUAUCAGCCCAGACAGCCCAUGGCAAUGGCCCUGAGGCCAGUGGUGACACCAGGUAAUAACGCAGAAAUCUUCCGUCAAAGAGUAGCUGCUGCAAGAGCAAAUGCUUUUCCAAAAUCUGCUCUUGAACCUCAGCAGGCCCUCAAGCACGUUCCUGGUGUGGUCAUGAGAGGUCCAAAUAUUUACAUACGUUGUCUUUACGGUCUGCGUUCAGAGAUUCGCGAGGAACAAGAAUUUGCUUUGCAUCAUCUCGUGAAGGUCUCCUUCGAGCGAGGAGACAAGUACAAGUUCGAGGGCUUUCCGCAGCUUGCAGAGUCACUUCUGGAAAAGGCUCUCGAAAUUAGCACUCUCAUCCAUGGCAUCAAAUGGACAGUCUCCUACGAGGAGGAUGCAGGCCUUCAGGAUGGAGACGUAUUGAACGGCUCUUUCGGCACUGAGGGCCUGUACGAGCGAGUACAGAAUCUACCGGUUCUCGCAGACACAGACUUCCUCGAGCCUGCAGAAUUUUCUCAUAAGCUGGUGAAGUUGAAUGAGGCAGCUUUGGUCAUCCGUAACAUGCUUAUGCUUGAAGAGAAUGCUUUUUUCCUGUCGAAAUUCUCCCUUCUACGCGACUUCUUGAUCAUCGCAAUCAACCUUCCCCAACAAGAACGACUGGUUGAAUACCGCCAGUAUGUGCUAGACAUUGCUGAGCAGAUUACCAAAUUCUGGGAACUUGAGUCAACCUCUCCUAUUUACCUGUCUUUGCUAAAGAACUUGACCUCCGAAGACAGAGGAGUCGUCUUGUCUUCAGCUCGUGCUAUAGCCCGUAUAGGCAUGGAAAGCCCAAGACCAAAUCGACUGACGAACAUCCCCUUACCGACUAUCCGAACGUUGGCCUCGUACCUCCUGCUCGAUUCUGACGACGAAAUAAUGCUUGCAUCCCUUGACCUUCUCUACCAAUAUACCGCUCUGCCAGAAAACAUGACCUUGAUGCUCACAUCCGAAUCUACUGUCCUACGCCACAUUAUCCCACGACUGGUAAGCCUUCUCCUUCACAACGCGCAAGCACAAGAGGUCAAACUUAAAGUCAAAGAGGGGCAAAGAAUGGCCCCAAGCACCAUCAUUCCUGUCGUUCCUGAUGAGCUCUACAACCAGUUACUCUUACAUCUGGAGCCUGAUCGCUCUACUAAAUGGCUCCGAUGCUGUUUCGAGGAAGCCCCAAACGAAGACAUCACACAGAUCGCUAUCUGGCAGGCCUACCAAGGGCGAUUCCAAAGUAACGGGCCAAUUCCGGCUGCAGACUUCAUAAAGAACGUCUCUGUCACUUUCAGCACAGCGCAGGCUCAGGUGAUCAAUGGUACAAAUCCACGCUUCAUCAUCAAAGGUAUUCGGCCAAGAAGAGUCCUUGUCAAUACCAAGGGAGAGCCGUUGCACCAAUGUCUGUGGCAGGUUGCCGCGCAAAGUGGAAAUGAGCAAUCCGCGCAGAGUUCUGCAGGAUUUCAAUCUUGCGGCUUAUGGCACUCUUCUUCAAAAGAUCUUUGGAAACAUAUGGUGAAAGACCACCUUUCCAUACCGCUGAUGGGCGAUGGCAAAUUCGAUGCUACGGCCCAAGGAUCUUAUCAGUGCAGAUGGCUUGGGUGCACAAAAUAUGCAACCACAAUCGAGACGAGUGCUCGCGUAGCCGGACUACAUGUACGUCUCCAUGUGAAUAACUCAUCCAAGGCUACGGACCUUGAUACGGCAGCGGGCAAGUUCAACGACAUGAUCCAGGAUGAUGAGUUUGUCCGUCACCCAUACGUCACGACUCUGCAAGAUGAAAAGAACACGCCCACGGGCAUUCCAUACAUGGCAGUGCUUGUGUUGAAGAACUUGGCCCGUCAUAUCAUUCGUCAGCAACAGAAUAGCCAACUUGGAGAAAUCUUGGUGGUAGAAGACCUCUUUGGCGAAGUCAAAGAACAAUUGUGGCAUAACUUCAUUUUGCACAAGACUCUGAGGUACGAGCUUGACCAUCUUAUGUCGAUGUUGUACAAGGCGAAUGGUGAACGAGGCAGCAACUUGGAUCAUCCUCGAGUUAGCGAUGGUGGUAUUUCUUGA